AUGGACAACCGGACUUAUGUUACAGUCUACACUCUGAUGGAACCUAAAGGCUCCAAAUCAUACCGGCAUGUAUAUUUCACAUGCUUUUUGGUUCUCUAUGCUUUGAUACUGUUUGUGAACAUUUGGCUCAGUGUGGUCAUUAUUUUGGAGAGAGCCCUUCAUGAACCAAUGUACAUUUUUCUGUGCAAUCUAUGUGUAAAUUAUUUAUAUGGAGCAACAGGAUUUUAUCCUAAAUUCCUGCAUGAUUUAAUACUGGAUUCAUAUGUGAUUCCUUCUUUUAUGUGCACACUCCAAGCUUUUGUGAUCUACAGUUCAGCUAUGUGUGACUGUACUACAUUAACAGUGAUGGCGUAUGACAGACAUGUGGCCAUAUGCCGACCUUUAGACUAUCACUCAAAGAUGAACAAAAAUACAUGUGGCAUGUUGCUCCUAUUCUGUUGGAUUGUACCAUUUAUUUCUAUGUUCAUUGGGGUUGUGUUGUUAAACAGGUUGGCAGUGUGUAAAUAUCAUAUUGACAAAUUAUACUGUGACAGCUGGUCAAUGGUAAAGCUCUCAUGUGAAUCAAUGGUUAUUAAUAACAUCAUGGCACUGGUUGUUUUAUUAUUUUAUAUCUGUCUUACUACUUUAAUUAUUGUGUCUUAUAUUAAACUUAUAGUAGCAUGUAAAGCAUCAUUAGAAAACAGAAGAAAGUUUUGGCAGACAUGUGUUCCACAUAUAUUUUCACUGAUAAAUUGUAGUUCAACUGUGUUUUUUGAUGCAAUGUAUAGCAGAUAUGGCUCAAGCAAUGCCCCAGAGAACAUGUAUGUUGUUUUUGCCUUACUGAUGGUCAUUGUGCCACCUCUAUUCAAUCCUUUAAUCUAUGGCUUAAAACUCAAAGAGGUUCGUAAAAGAAGCUUUAAAUUAUGUCUAAAUGUCAUUAAAUAA